GGGGUGACACCCAACCAUUUAUUUCCUUCCAAAUAGGAAGUUUAUGUGGGAUGUAUUUGCCCGUUCUGAACUAUAAUGUCGGUGUGGAUUCCGAAUUGGAAAUGCCUCGUAAUUUCGCUUCGUUAUUUUGAAUUAAGCGUACGAUUCGAUGUUUAAAAUGUACGAUUAUCGUAAACAUGCCGUCGGAUUAUUUUUUAUACUCGUUUUUAUACACGAAUUAUCGUCACGCGGCUUCGAUGAAGUCCUCGGGACAGAAAUUGAGAAAAAACAUCCCGAUAUUUUGGAUGUAAAAUCUCAAAUGGAUAUUAUUUCCGGCUCCAAUAUCUCUUUAAGCUGUAGGGGAAACGGAAAGUUAUAUUGGAUUUUUCCAGAUCAUUCUAUUUAUAACGAGAGAGCGAAUAUUCGAGAUUUCAAAAGGAACGACAGUUACCAAAGUGAUCUUGAAAUAAAAAAUGCCAACUACAACGAUACGGGAAUUUAUCAAUGUUGUUUCGCAUCCCGUUAUUUCGGAUUUUGCGAUAGUCGCUACAUUUUUGUUAACGAUGAGGAACACCGCCUUCUUCCCACCAGCGACUUAAUUAUCAUCUAUGGUCAAAGAAAAUCGUUUAUUCCUUGUAGACCGACAAUUUCCAGUAGAGAAGUGACUCUUUGGCGACAUGGCGAAUACGUGAAACUCAGUAGAAAUCUAGAUUUUGAUCCUACCAAAGGAUUUAUCUUAACAAAUGCCACUUCGUUCUUUUCUGAAUUCUUCCAAUGUAAAGUUCGAUAUAAAACGGAGCAAAGUUUAACGUUAAAGCUUUACUAUGUACAAGAGGAUAUCCGGCCGCCUUCGAUAAAUUUAAAUAGUACUGUAGACAUUCGUAAAGGUUCGAGUAUCGAAAUAAAAUGCAAUGGGGAGAAGAACGUGUAUUGGAACCUUCCUCGAAAUGCGUUACUUUUGGAGAAAUCCGGUGGAAAGAAAUUUCGAGAAGAUGCCAAAGAUGGCCGAGAAAUCUCGAUUAGAAUCGAAAAUGCUCAAGUAUCGGAUUCGGGACCUUACAUGUGCUGUUAUAGAGACUAUAACGAUGACUGCCACGUGAACAGCACCGCUUCGUACGUCUUUCUUCGUGUCAACGAUCGCGAGAAUCUCAUUAUUCCGGAAGUGGAAACCGUCAUAGUGGAAGAGUGGCGAUGUGCCUCUUACGUCAUUCAGUGUCUUCCGUCCUCCCCCGACGUCACGGUGCGCUUACAGUUUCGUCACAAUUCGUCAGAAGCCGCAUUUGACUGCCAAAACGACUUUUCUUACGUGGAAACGUUGGGUUUCGUUCCCCUCGACGAUAGAAAGGUUCGAAAGGUCUACCAAUCGGGAACGUUCGUCUGUCGAUACGUAUACGGAAAUGUGUCCCAAGAAGAAGAAAAGUCCAUCACGCCUUUAGAUCCGAGAUAUUCCUUACAAGUUUGGACUUCGAACUCGGAGCCUUACGAGAACGACCAAGUGGAAAUCGGAUGUCGAGCCUGUAAAUUCGCUUUCCGCAGCGUUCGAUGGAAGAAGAACAGAAAAAAUCCAGAAGCGAAAUCGUCCGACGAGAACACCCAAUUCGAACUGAAGAAAGUUUUGAAGUUUCAGUCGAUCCGUAAAGAAGAUGCGGGAACUUACGAGUGCGUGGGUAUUACUCAAGACAAUUUAGAGGAAAGAGAAAAGACCACGUUGAAAGUUAAAGCCGUAGAAAAACCUUCUUUCAUCGAAACCAACAUGAACGGAUCGGAAGUGACGUUGGACGUCGGAAACAGACUGGAAUUGGCGUGUGUAGCAAGGGGGGAACCACAACCGACCAUUACUUGGUAUAGGAACAACGAAACUCUAAACGAAACGGAUCUAGCGGUGGAUUUAGACGACGCCAAACUGACAGUGGCCCGAAUCGGUAGAAGUCAUUCCGGUACGUACCAGUGUCGAGCGGAAAAUAAGGAAGGAGCGGUUUCUGCCCAAUUGACUGUGAACGUAAAUCGAGUCGAAGGAAGGACGACCGAAGUUUCGAAGAAAUCGAUAACGCUUCCCUUGACCAUUAUCUGCGUGGUGCUCGUUGUUGGCAUACUUAUUUUAUUAUUCCUGAUCAUAAGAAACAGAUCGAGAAGAAGGUAUUUUAGAUGACCGGAAUCGUAACACAGACAAAUACUCAGCAAGAAAUCAUCUCUCGUCUUCGUUACCUUAAGAAAUACCAAGAAUAAUAUCCAAGUGAAAUCCUCUAAGUCAUUGUUGUAAUUAAUCGUGUUAUUUUAAAAUAAAUUUUUUGAAAUAAAACUAACGAAUCGUUCAGAAAUCUAA